AUGCCCUCAACUCUUGCCCAAUUGUCUCUGGAAAGACUGGAGUGUGACCCUGUCCAGAGGAGCGCCUUCGUUCAUCGACAGAAACGUGAUGGAAUAAACUUCGAGAGUCCCGUUCAAUCCCCUGGCUUCGGGGCCACCGUGGUACAUCUCAUGGCUCGCGCCUUCCACUGCCAGUUCGACCAGUCCGAGACCGACGUCAAUGCCGAAACCCCUCUCUCUAUCUACAUCGAGAAAGUCGUCUUCGCAACUGGCUACCCUUUCAUAGUUUUGAUCGCCACCCUCACUCUCCUAGAGCGACUGUGUGCCCGACUUCCGCGACACCUUUAUGAAGCUCGACGUCGAUUCUCGCCUCAUCGAUUGUUCACUGCGGCGUAUAUUCUGGCGGCAAAGCAGCACACGCAAGUUCACCUUGGAUUGGAGAUCACUUGCCUUUUUUCGCCCGAUGAAAAAGACGAAGGUUUCAACCCCAUAUCAAAUACUUAUUGGGCUCAUCAUACCUCAUAUUCCCUGAAUGACAUCGACGAGAUGCAGAAAGAAGCCCUUGUCGUGCUUGGUGGCAACGUCGUUGUCUUUCCAUGUCUCAAGCCUGAAGCCGAAGAGACGGUUAGGGAGAGGAAGUCAGAUCCAGUUUCGAGCGUUCUGCCAGCCGCUGAGCUGACAACCACUCCGGGUUCGACACCACCAUCGAAGGUUGGGCCUUGUCUACUCUGUCUCCUGCCAGAGAAUACUCGUGUGCCUAAUAUCGGUUUGUCAGCAGAAGAGCAAAUCAAAAUCUUCGAGAAUGUCAGCAGGAGGGUCAAGGGGAUGGCUGCGCAGGGUAUUGAGGUGGACCAGCCUUUCCUCAAAGACGAGACCAACUACACCUCGCACUACGACUCUUCCUCCUACAGCCGUACGUCCAACUUGAGAAACAAAGGCAAAACGACAGCCUGGUGGGUGCACGAGAGACGGGUAGAAUAA